UACACCAUAUAUCGCGGGCGGCCUUUUUAUGAGCAGCUAGUUGGAUCUUGCUCUCCCUGACCCAGAGUGAACACAUCCUCCUCCUCCUCCUUCUCUUGGAUUGGAACACUGGAUCUGCUCCAAGAUCGAUCCUGAACCAAAGCAAGAUAAGCAAUGGCUCUAGUUGGUCAGGCUGCCAUGGUUGCGCAGUUUGCAGGAGUGGACGCAUACGGGAUCAUCAAGAUGAUCGCCGAUGCGGCGCAGACGGUCCGGAGGAACAGAGCCACCUGCCUGCAGCUCGCGCGCCGCGCCAAGAUGAUCGGAGACCUGCUGCACCAGCUCCACGCCGCGCAGCUCAUGCAGCAGCCGGAGACGAGGAAUCCGAUGGAGCAGCUCGAGGAGACGCUCCGGCGCGCGCUGCUGCUCGUCAGGUCCUGCCAGGGCCGCAGAUACCUCUACCGGUGCUUCUUGGGGGCGCGCCACGCCGACGAGCUCCGCGAGGUGCAGGGUGAGAUCACCUUCUACCUCCAGCUUUUCCCUCUCGUCAGCCACGUCGACACCACCCUCACCUGGGUCAGACUCCUCAACAAAGGUGCUGCUCCUGAAGCUCCUUCAUGCAAAGAGGCACCUGUGGUAAGACCAUAUUUUGUGCCGGAUGAAUGGUGUUUGCUAGUUUCUCAUUCAGGAAGUAUACUUUGGCACUCUCUUCUUGUAAUAUCUACUAACCACCCGUCGGGAAAAAAUUAUUCUGGCAUGUAUCUGCAGGAGUUCAAAUUGUUGUGCAACUGACCAGUUAUUUCUUUUUUCUCAUCACUUCAUUAAAAGAAUUAGCGAUUAUCUAGCUAGCACAAUGUUUCUGCAACUGCUAGUUAGCAUUGGGCUUGUUAUGUAUCGCGUUCGCGCUCUUGUCUCUGGAGAAUCUGGCUGGCAUAGAGUGAAAAUCAAGUUCAUCCAAUCCAAACUGUGGUUGUAAGUCGGUCUUUCGUUCGUGUGCAAAAUAGGUAUGUUGGUAUUUUUCUUUCCUUGCAGAAGAUCAGAUCAUAGUUGACAACUGACCAUGAGAAUCUUGUGUAUUGUUGUUUGUUUGCCACUCGAGUUAUUGGGUGUUCAUCUUGCAUUCAAAAGCUUACAUUUUGAUCCAUCAAGAUCGCAAAUUUCCAGUUUCGGAGGCGCAGUCGCGGUUGCAGGUGCCGUUGGACCAUUGUUUUGGGUACCGCUCGAAAUUUCGCGAUCCUGAGCGGUUACUGCGUUUACCGCUACCCCAUGGAAAACACUCAUACCAAGCAAAAAAAUUCGAGUUUUUUUGAAAUUUGAAUUCAAACGAUCACUCUGCUGUUAAAUAAGCGGCAUCUCUCAUGUAGCAACAGCGCCCACAUUGGCAUAGUGACAAAGGCUUGCUUUGUGGAGUUGCAGGUCGCGGGUUCGAGUCUUACCUUCAACACUUUUUCUUUCUUUUUUAGAAUGCGAAAGUAAAAAACUAACAGAGUUGAAAAAUUCUGGAGCCGCAGGAGUCAAACUCGAAAUCUCUGACCAAGCGGCAUCGGUGGGUGCGUGUGUUCAGCCACUACACUAGGAGAAAGACUGUGAUGUCAUAGAGUUAAAAGAUUAUCUAUAUCAACUUUGAAAUAUUUGAAUUCAAAAUUUGAUUUUGAAUUUCGUCCGAAUUUUUUCCGGUAUUUCGUGGUUACCGUGGGAACCGUGAAUUUCGGUGCCCCUCGAGAAAAAAGGCUCGCUUGGGAUCCAAAACCUUGCAUUGGACCAUCAGUGUAAAGAAACUUCCAUGCCCUCACAUGGCGCAAGUGCAACCCUCCAGGUUCAAAGGGUAGCCUGUGUAUUGCAUCACACAUGACUUUGCUUGAAGGCCCUCUCUCAUCUACAUAAGCAAAGGUAGCUUUUCUAUACUUUAUUAUUUCAGGAAAAAGAAUCAUCUUACCGAAAAUAGCAACAAUAGCUCUUGCCAUUCUGCGUCACAUCUGAUCUUGACUUGUAUUUUUUCACCCGCUUCAACCUCAGGAUUCUGAAGAGUAUGAGGUGAAUUCGGAAGCAGCAAUAAGUCUCAAGCCCAGUGCCACUGUACAAAUGAUCCAGGCUUCUGAGCUGAUAGAAAAUUAGAAGAGCGAAUAUAGGACCUUGGUUGCAGCAAAACUUGCCUCCUUUCAACUUCUUUUGAUCCCAAAGAAACCCGUUUUGCAAUGCCCGCGGCCAUAGUUACAGAUUUACAUAAACUGCAGAGAUAAUACUGGUAUUCACACA